AUACAGUUUAAUUUUCUUAUUCUACCAGAUAAGUUACAGUUACAGAAAAGUUAGCUCAGCAUCAAAAAUGUUUUGUUCAAAGUUAUUUGUGUUGUUCAGUUGUGUCCUCGCCGUAGUUCUCGCUGUGCCGCAAGGACCAAUAGUUGGUGGCGAAAGCCAGCUUAGUGGCGCUGAUUUGAAAGAAGCUGAAGACACUUUAAAAAACUCUUUGAGCAAAUUGGCUGGCGGAGAUGGACCUAACUACAAUCUCUCAAAAGUCAACUCAGUAACACGCCAAGUUGUCUCGGGUACUCUCUACAAAUACGAUGUGGAAUUGGUUGACAGCAAUGGCGCUAAGAAGAACUGCAAUGUUGAAAUCUGGGAUCAACCAUGGUUGGAAAAUGGUACAGAGGUCACUUUCAAAUGCCCCGGCGAGGAAGUAGUGAAGAAGAAGCAUAGCGCUUAAGCUUUCAUGUAUGAGCUGGGAAAUAAUAAAACGAAUAUUGAUAAAAGCGGAAA